UCGCCCGGCGGGCGCGGGGUCGGGGCGCGGGGUCCCCGGCUGCCGCUGGUGCGCGCCCCCCGCUCCUCGGCGCGCCCCGGGGCCAUGCAGGCGCUCAUCUCCCCGGUGAGCAAAGCGCUGCUGGUCGCGCUCUUCAUCUUCGCCAUCCUGCUCAUCCUCUACGUGAUCCUCUGGUACAUCUGCCGCGACGUGGACUGCGACCACGGGCUCUGAGCCCCCCGCGCCCCGCGCGCCCCGCGCACCCCACUUCCCGGGGCGCCAUGGGGACCCCCGCCGGGCGCAGCAGGCGGAGGAACCGGGGUCCCCCGUCCCCGCCCCGCCUCCCCCCGCGGCCCCGGACCCCCCGGAACCCCCGGAACCCCCUGCACCCCCAGUUCCGGCCGCGCGCCCCUCUGCACCCGCGUUGGGCUGCGACCUUCAGGGCUGCGCCGGGGACGCCGCGGCGGGCCUCUGAAGAGGCGGAGAACUCGGAUGGCUGCGAAACCUCCUGUCGUCCUGCGCAGGGGGUCAGUCCAGGGCAUCAGGAGAGGAUGCCUCCCCCUGACCCCGGGCGGGCCGUGACCCCGGCGGGAGGCUCACCCCUUCUCUGGAGACUCUCCAGCAGCAUGCCAGCCGGGCUGCACCGCGCGGGAGAGGACGGACGGGGUCACUGGCCGGGGAUCCAGGCCGUCUCCCCCUUCACCCAUCUUGCCAAGCCAUGACCGGAAGCCCGGGACUCGUGGGCAGCUCCCAUGGGGGGCCAUCUGGGGACCGUGACCUCCACCCGCCCCUGGGCCGCAUCCAGCCGUCCCGCCAAGCUGCCUGGCUCCUCCUGCUGUGACCUCAUCGGUCUCGUCCUUGUGCGUAGUGACAACACCCGACGGUCCCACGGUCAGGCCAGGGAGCGCGUCACCCCUCCGUGGCCAGCGGGACCGUCCAGACGACCAGCAUCUCUAACAAUGCCAUCGCCUGGGCCCAGGCAUUUAGCUCAGUGGCAUAAGCACCUGCCUGGCAAGUGCAAGGUCGUGAGUUUGAUCCCUGGUACCAAAAAAGAAAAAACCCAAUGCCAUCGCCAAGGCGGGUGCCACCGGGGAGCUGCCCACCUGGUCUCGGAUGUGAUGUGCACCGUGCGCCCACAGCAGCGAUGCCCAGUGCUUUCCUGCUUCCUUGUGCCUCCAGGGCCAGCUGCUCACCGGGAGACCCCCGAGGGAAUCCCUGCGUCCCCCUGUGCUGCGUUAGCCCCCAAACGUCUUGUCUUUGUAUCCGUCUGUCGCCAUCGGGAAAGACCACGUCUGGACUGGACGAAGGGACCGCCCUGUAAAAUGCAGCCUAGGGACUCUGCCCGUGCACCCACACUUCUAGGGAAUUCUAGCAGCAAACCUAGCAUUCUGGUACCUGAGCCAAUGCAUAAGGCACUUAGACGACCCGGCCACCCAGGACCCUGGACUGUGCUGUCCUCUGCCCGGGUCACAGCAGAAUGGAGACAGGCUCCUCGUGGAGGGGCACCACGUCCCCGAGAGCGUCCCGGUCGCGGCAGCCAGCUGCACCCACACCUCGUCCUCUCCGUCCGUGUCCCGGUGAGCCUUUCUACAGUGGUCCUCCACGCUGCCAUCGUCCUGUCCUGCAGGUGUGAACUUCAAAGCCUCGAGGGCGUCAUUGCUUCUGCCUCCUCGGCGGACAGGGCAGAGACAUCACGGCUACUCCAGAAAAUAAAAUAUUUUUGAAACCGC